AUGGAGGUGGACAAUAUAUUAGGUUCUCUGAGCAUUACCGAUGACUUUGACCAAUUGGUUGACGUGACAAGCCUUUUUAAUGAACUCUGUUCGAAAUUAAAACCAGAGACCAUCGUCAAAGAUCCCAGGUUUGAUCUAUUCGAGGGCACACAUUCCUUGGAGGUCAACAACUCCAAGUUGGAUUCAAGUCUCAUAGAGCUGACUGCAGAAGAAGUAGAAUUUAAUUUGGACGUCGCAUAUGAACCGCCACUCGCAAGCGUGACAGCUAUAGCAGAUAGAUUGCUAAGAUGUGUUAUCUCAUGGCUCAACGAGUAUCAGACUCUACCUACGACCGUAUUGAGCUGUAGAUACACGGAAAGCCUGUUAUCGUCAUUGAUUGAGGGAACAAGUGCUGGUCCAUUUUGGCAUACGGGCGAUGAUUUGUAUGAUAAAGUGCUCGUGAGCUGCGUACUUGGAGUUUGUUACUUAACAAAAUUUGUGCAGAGACUCUUGAGUGCUGGCAUCGUUUUUGAAGAAGAGGAUUUGAACUAUAAUAGCAUGGGUUUUAACACGUUCAAUAAUUUGCCGGAACAAGAUGCUAUUAUUAAUAGCAUCAUAGAAAGUCUCCAACUACUGGAAACAUAUUCAGAUGAUAGCUUACAUUUGACUAUGCUGAAACAUAUACUUAAGAUCAUGCUUUGCUUAGUCCAUUUAGAAGACCAUCUGACAAACUACUCGACAGAAACAAUGCACUUGGAUGAACUAAUCGAAAAUGCUAACCUUGUCAAUGGUAUACUUCCGCAACUACAAUUGUCUCCACCAAGCGGUUCAUUCUCUACACAUAUACAAAAGCACAGGUCUAAUCAAUUCCCUCCCAGGAAAAUUACAAAAUUACCCACAGAUUACAGCGGUUUCAUUACAAUUUCAGAGGAUAUUAAAACAGUACUGCUCGUGUACAAAGCAGACUCUGCGUUGGAAACCUAUCAGUUUGCGAGAUUUUUCAACAAAUUGAAACAGAGGCAUGUUAUCGCAAGAAUCUUAUUCCCCUUGAUUUUCAUCAGAGACGACAGAACUGUCUUGGGAAGAUUCUCGUUCACCCACUUUUAUUCACUGCAUGUCAAGGAGUUUUCAGCACAAACUCCAUCAAAACUUUUAUCCAAUAUAGGUAGUGAACUUAUUCAGGAAAGUUCCAAUAUCCUCCUGGAAUGGUACCAAAACUCAUCCCAAAAUACGUGUAGAUAUAGACAGGGUUUCAACCGGCAACUAAUACUAUGGGAUUCUCUCCAAGCCCAAUUCGAAGGCAUCAAUCCACAAAUUUACUGUUCAUGGACAUAUUUUAUGAAACUAUCAAGUAUGAUCGAGUUUUCCCUGAAGGGGUUCGACUUAAAUAUCUACAAGCCUUUUGAAGCCUACUCUAUGUUUUGGUAUGUCUAUUAUUUAAGUCACCACUUGGAAAAUUUGUUGAAAGAUUGUCAAAAUGAUAUCGAAUCAAAUGUUAAUGCCAUCCAUUCAAUGAAUAAGAAACUGAAAAAAUUGAAAGCUGGUGAUAAGAAGGACCAAUUGAGAUUAAAGUAUAGGUUCGCCAUGGACAAUGAAAUGGAGCAAUUACAGACUACCAAACAGUUUUUGAACUAUCUUUUGGAAGAGGUUGGUAUCACCAAGUCGUUAUGCUUGAUAGAGGUUUUCCAAUUCGCAAUUUUGAAGUCAUUCCAUUUAAUUGAUAAUAAAAACGACGUCCCCCUGAAGUUUUCUAAUGAAAAGUUAAUUCAUAAUUUGAGGUUCAAGCCAUUUAAUUCGAUUGGUGUCCCUGAGUUACCGGAAUAUGAAGUUUUUCAACAAACUCUCAAAGAUUUUACUAUUACUGAAGAAGAGGAAACUGCUUUUGACAUAAAAGUAGAAAGAGCUACCACCUUCAUUGAAAACGAAGCACAUAAGAUCAUUGCUUCUAUUGAUGAGAUAAUGCGAGGCAUUAAAGGAGGAGAUAAUAACGGUGUCCUGGUCACAGGAACAAGAUUGGUUCAAGAGUUAUCUCUUGAGUACUAUUCCAAACUGAAGCACACUUCUAAAGCUCUUGCGGUCAAUUCAAAAGUCGUCAUUGGCGCUUUGAAGAGGAUCAUCGAGGACAAGGACUCCGACAACUACAGAGUUGAAUUAAUUCAUACAGCGGACGGCUGGAACUACUUCCCUAUACAAACGUUGAAAGUGAAGGAAAAUCGCCAUAAGUGA